AUUAUUUUUUGAAAUUUUCAGUGACUGACAAGACAGCAGUUUGCUGAGUUUAUCUCGGUGUUCAUGUUUGUGGCGUAUGAGAUUAUGAGAUUUAAAAUUAUUUGUAUUUGCUAGCUUGUUCAUUUGAAUAGAUUUGGAGAAGCGUGCGUUGGGGUGGGUUGGGGCUUUACUUGGAGCCGGGAGGAGCUGUGUCACUGGCAGAAGCAAUAGAUUAUCCUAGUGCACCAGGGCUCUGGUUGGAUGCUGCUGCAACCACUGAAGCUGCAGCUCAGCCUCUCCAGCAGGCACGCGCACUCUGUCCAGCUGGGUUCCUUCCUUCACCUCCUAUUUCAUAAAAGAUGUUGCAGUGAUAAUCAUCACCUUCGCUCACACAACAGGCAACCAAGUAACCAUCAAAGCCGUUCUGCCGACAAUCCCUUCGAUCCAUUUACCGCCCACCUUGAAAAAUACACUAAAGCGGAUAAACAGCGGUUUGAAAUCCAGCAAUCACCGCUGCAUUCAAUUGGAGUGUAGAAACUGGAAUCCAGAGCAGUGCUGCUAUCAGUCAGGUUUUGUUCUACCUUCUAUUUAUUCCAAACAAGAGAUAACCGGCUGAGUGUGGAUGUGGCAAUGGAUCUGUUAUCAAACUCGAAGGCAACAGAUAGCCAUUCAAGCUGCUUCUAGAUUAACUGAGGUAUUUACGAAUGGUCGGUUUUUAUCAAGUUCUUCGGAAUAUUUGCAAAAAAACCCCCAAAACAAACGGAAGCUGCAGUUGAGAUGCAGUUUGUAAGAGCUGCGCCUGAGGAGCAGCUGUUGUUCCAAACCUGCUGAUGUCUGGCGAGCAGAGCUGCCCAAAGGGAAAGCCGUUAACAGUGGGGGCCACCAAAAGCAAAUAAUAUUAACAUCGAUUUAAGGUCUACAGAGAUAUGUCAUUAAUGGUAAUAGUGAGGAUGCCGUCUUAACCGGUAAUUGUUUUAACAUCUGGGGUAUCUGAAUGGUGCUUUUCACCCUCCUCCACCGAGCCUGUAUUUUUGUGUGCAAGUGAUUUAUCAGCUGGAGAUGGCAACGCACAGACAGAUACCGCAUGGAGAUGGUAACAUACCUAGAUACACCAUUUAGUACUGAGUAAAAAUCUGUCGUUAUAGUUUUGUUAAUGUUGAUGUUUUGAUGAAAUGAAACAAACAUCUUGUUGAAUGAAGUGCGUGACGCUUUAUCUCCGAAGGCACCUGGGGUACAACUGCCGCUCAUGUUAAUUAGAAACACGACAAUCCUGCUUAUUAUGCAAAGCGGAUCCGCUAAUUUUCUAGCGAAAUCAUAAGUGACAGUUGGACAGUUGACACGGAAGUGGACGUUUAUAGGGAAAAGGCAGCCACCCAUCCUUCACUGCGGAUUGCUUUUGUGUGCAUUGGUUCUAACACAGCCCCAAGGCUCGUCUGUAGACAUGGGCACUGUCUUGUCAAUCUCGCCUGGCUCUAGGAAAGCCAGCUUUUAUGAUGACGGUUCGGGCUCUUUGUCCCAUUAUGCAGACGUCCAGAGCAGCAAAAGUAGCGGGCAGAAAGAUAAAACCAUCAAAAGACAUUCAAUGUUCAUUCCUGCCUUGACAUGGAAACGUCUUGUGGCCUCUACUAAGAAAAAAAGCUCAAAGAAGAGCAACCCAAAUAAUAACUCCUCUAAAGAUGUGGCACACUUGAAUCACGAAAAUGUGAAGAAGUCAUUGUCUUGCGCAAACCUUUCUGGCUAUGACAACCAAACCCUUGCUCCAGUGAGCUCCAAAAAACAGAUCACUUCCAUCAAAAAGGUGUCCAACUUAGGGGGCGGCAGCUCACCAAAAAGGGUAAUAGUACAGGCAUCAACAAGCGAACUGCUUAAAUGCCUUGGCGAGUUUCUUUGCAGGCGUUGUUACAGGUUGAAGCACCUGUCCCCAACGGACCCUAUUUUGUGGCUGCGAAGUGUGGACAGAUCUCUACUGCUGCAAGGCUGGCAAGAUCAAGCCUUUGUAACUCCAGCCAACGUGGUAUUUGUUUACUUGCUUUGUCGGGACAUAAUCGAUGGGGACUCAGUAGCGACUGAACAUGACUUGCAGGCGUCCCUCCUGACUUGUCUCUAUUUGUCAUAUUCCUAUAUGGGAAAUGAGAUCUCCUACCCACUAAAACCCUUCUUGGUGGAUGCUGCCAAGGAUGCCUUCUGGGACAGAUGCCUUCGUAUAAUUAACGCCAUGAGUGCCAAAAUGCUCAGAAUCAAUGCUGACCCCCAUUAUUUCACCCAGGUCUUUGCAGACCUGAAGAACGAGGGGAGCUACGACGACUAUCGCUGUCUCGACCGAUGACUUUGCAAGAUAAACAGCAAAGGUAACAAAUCUUAGGUAGUCGAGUGCAUCUGGAGUGGCACCUGUCCUUUACUGUGGCCAGCCCUCAGCUGAAUCUCUGGCAAGGACGGUGGUUUGUCUGUCUGUACAGGAAUGAGUUUAAUAUGGGAAUUGAAUACGCUUUGUUUUAACAUCCGAAUGGCUCGUGUUGUAACAGAGCCAAAUGCCUGACCCCAUUUAUAGCGCGUAUAUUCAUGCACAUUUGAAAUAAAUCACCAUUUUUACUUCGGGGGCGACAGUUCUCAUAUAAUUAAAAAAGGCAAGUCGAGAAUUGAAUAAAAUACACCAGAGACCCACAAAUAUCAUCAGCAGGUGAUGCACCUGCGUUGAAUUCCUGCAACGACCUUUUCGGCGGUGAUUUAAUAAAUCCGUAUUAACUGCAGUAUGUUUAAUAACUACUACUGAAACCAGCGCCUUGAAACUGGGAUUACAAAAUCUUUAGAACUUUAUUCCAGUUAGACAGCAACAUUCUUGCUGAAACCAUGAAGUCAUUUUAAUGCGAUCUGUCCCUGAGAAGCUGCAAUAAUUAUUUACUAAAAAAUUGGCAUUUGCAGCUAAUGCAGAGAUGCAUGCAGAAUGACAGCUUGGCUAAGGGCAUGGCCACUGGUUCAAUAAUAUAAACUCUCCCUUUUAAUGCAAUCGCUGCCAAAUCUGUCAUGCUUGAAUAAUUUCAUGCAUGUUCCUCCUGAGGAGAAAGACCUUGUUUAAAGCGAUAUUUAUGGCAUGUAUAAAGUCCCGGGAGUGUACCCGCUCUUCUCAGUACCCAAGCUGCAUUUGUUUCACAGGGAACAGAAAGAUUACACACCAGAAGCCUAAACGGUCAGAUGAUUUCACAGGCAUGAAAUUAUUCUGCAUGUAUCCCUUGCAUAUAUUCCCUGCACUUCUGUAUGUUUUGAAUUUGUGUUGUUUAAUUUGCCAUGUUUUCAGGACUAUUUAUUUUAGAUGAACACAUAUGUAUUUUCAGUUUUAUUAAUAUUUUUGUGACCACAAGGAAAGGAUAUACUACACCCUAAAUUAAUAUUCUUGUAUUAUUACUAUUCAUUUGGUGGUUUUUCUUGCAUAUAACUUAUUCCAAAUAUGGAAAUAAUGGUGAAACCAAUUUCAUGGCUAUAGGUACUGGAGAGCAUGUUAUUUAAUUUAUUUUUCUGUGGGCUAUACAAUUUGCCACCACACAAAUGUUGCCCGGACAACUUGUAGAAUUACAGUAUCCUCCUGUUUUAUUGGGUUUGUGGAGUUGUCAAGGCAUGCUGGCAUUAGCCUUGAAAAUCAUCGAGUUGUUAAAGAAAUGUGCUCUUUUCCACUCUAUAUUAACAUGCAUACUUUGUUUUGUGAGAAAUUAUGUCAUAACAUUUAUGCCAAAAUAAGUAAAUAAGAGAAACAUGAAAUCUUUUUAUCUCACUUAACUCUUUAAGGUCUAGAACCAUUUCCCCAGUUGUCACUUGCACCCUGUAGGCAGCUUAGAAGGAUCUGAUCUCAGAUCUGGUAUGUGUAGAAUUUAAAAUUCAGAUCGCAUAUAAUUAUGUGCCCACAAGCUGGGCUGGAUGUAGCAGAAAUGCACAUUAGCCUUAGGGUCUGUGUAAAGCUGUGUUAACCUACAGUGCAUUCAGCAUUGUUCUUGCAUGAAUAACCUGUUUUUUGUGUUUCAGUAGCAAAAAUAUUGUACUAGCAGCAAUGAUAGAAUGACUGCUUUAUGACUACAGGAAUGAUGGUUUGCUUUCUGUACUGUUAAACUGUAGCUGUUGAUAGCUACCCCCUAGAUUAGUUCAUUGUCAUGUCCACUAAACAAAACCUGCGAUGCUUAUAAUCACCCUGGUUAAUGGAAAUGGGGAGGUAUCAGACCUGUAAAAAUACUUACUAUUUUGGCCUAUUGGCCUCAGGAAUACUUAUGCCGCGAGUCCAAAUGUUUGUGCUUGCCGUAGUCAAAACAUUGUUAGUGGAGAAAGUAAACACAAUGACAAAACCACACAUUUAGUAUUAUGAAUCCUGCAGUUGUUACAGGUGGCACAAGACCAAAUGGAAUGCACGCCAAAAUGUAUGUUGUAGUGCUGGAUAAAAACAUAAUUAUGCAUUCUCCCAGUAGAACAGUCCUAGACGUGGCAACAUCUGAUAAAAGGCUGACUGGCAUUAUCAGAGCCUUUUCCAGCUGCAUGUAUUAUGCUCUAGUACUGAGGACAGCAGACCACAACAGCACUCUGUUACUUAUGUCUUCUCACCUUUGGCUACUUUUUUUUUUACAUUUGGAACACGACAAGUGAGGCAGUAGUCAGUGUUUGUACCUUACAGCAUUUGGUUCAGCAGUUCGUUUUAUUAGUUCAGGGACCUUAUGCGAAGACUGUACACAUCUUCACUGUAUCCAUGUGGGUUUUUACUGGCUACCCAGUUUUCCUCCUACAUUCAGAAGACAGGCCACAGUGAAUUUAUGAUUGGUUGAUCCUCCAAAUUAAAAUUGUCAUUGAGUUUGUGUGCCAUCCGUACGUGUGCACGCGCGUGUGUGCGUGCGUGCGUGUGUGAGAGACAGAGCGAGAGAAUGUGUGUGUGUGUGUGUGUGUGUGUGUGUGUGUGUGUGUGUGUGUGUGUGUGUGUGUGUGUGAGAGAGAGCCUGUAUCCUGUGAUAGACUGGCAUUCCAGUCAGGACUGUUUUCAAAGUCUUGCACACAGUGAAUGCCAGGAUACGUCCUAGCUCCGCUGAGAUCCUGAAGUGAAUUUAGAAGGUAUCCAAAAAUGACUGACUUCAAAGUAGUAAUGAAGGGGACUUUGAAAAUCUUCACAGCUGACUUCAGUAAUCCCUUGUACCCAACUAUCAUAGCAGUGAGUUGGAUGACAUAUGCACUAAGGAAAACAGAAAGUAAGUAACUAGUAUGAUAGACUAUAUUGUUCUAUCAGCCCUUCACGGAGCAGUACUUUGGAAAUACAUAUAAUCUGUUAAAAGUAUUACAUAUUACCAUACACUGGUAUUUUCAAAUAAGUUGGCUGUACCUAUAAGUGUGAAAUGCACAAAAUUGUGACUAAAAGUUGAGGAAGGAGCAUAUCUUUGACAUUAGUGUUUUGUGCAGGGAACCAGUCCCCUGCGCCUCUCCUUACCCCUAAUACUCAGUGUAGCAAUCGCCAAGGUCACCAUUCUUAGAAAAAAAGUAAAUUUUGCACGAAAGAAAACAGUCAUAUAUUUAUGGUCCUCAGUUCUUUUUUUUUGCACGAAAGAAAAAAAAGUCAUAUAUUUAUGGUCCCCAGUUCUUUGACAAACUGAGACAUGAAAGCAUCAUUUUAUGAUGCUUGAGUCAGUACAGUUUGAAUGCUUGCAUUUCAGCAGACAAAACAACACUUCAUAGAUUUAGUACAGCAGUUGUUCAAGUUAUGAGUUAUGCUUCAUUUCAUUAAAAUACUUACCUUUUUAUGUUUUUUUUUAAUUUCCUGUGUUAGAUUCUUUUUCUGAUGCCCAUAACUGCAUCAUUAGUAGUGUAGUUAGUAUUUUACAGGUGUUCCAUAGUUGGUUAAGAAUAAAUGACUGUAUAUCUAUGCUCUGGAUGUAAACGAAGCAUUGCUGUUCUUGUUAGCCUUGGAGGGCAAUUAUUUCCAAAUGCUAAGCUACAGUAAUUUUGCCUCCCUUUACUUUUAAGGAAACUUGGGCAAAAGUAAGAAACAUUUGAACAAAUAAGAAACAUCUGAACAUUGUUCUUAUUUUAAAUUAUCGUUUACAUUUCUCUUUGCCUCCCACAUUGAAUGUCAUUGAUAGACAUUAUCACAAAUUCUGGUAUCAUCUUUGAUUCAACUCCUUCUGUUGUAGUGGUAGUACAACUGAUUUUAGGCAGGCAUCUGUUUCUGAUGGCACUGAUGUUUCAUGCAACACCAUAAUGUCUCACUUUCAGACAUGAAGGGCUUUGAAGCCUUGCCUAUGGAACAUACAAAGCAGAGAAGUAUACAUGGCAGGGUUCCUAUUCACAGGAAGAUGUGCAAAACUGUAAGAAAUCAUUAACUGUUUGGGUAAUUUCAACCAAGAAUUGCAUCAAGUCACUUUAUCUGAGCCUGUCAACAACGCUUUUACUUUCAGGAGCAUUCAGAGUAGACAAUUCGUAGCCAGACAGCCAUGGGGUCUUAAAUGAAAUAAAAAUACUGCUGUGAGAUGCCAAGUCUCCCCAACACUUAUUACUAAGUGUAAGGCGUGUGUAGGAUAAUUAUUUCCCCAAGCAAAGUCUGUACUGAGGAACCAGCCCGGCUCUUCAAUCAAGUCCUCCAGUAAAACACUACAAGACAACCUCUUCCAUUAUGUAAGAUAUAACCUAUACAGUUUUUUGAAAUCAUGGAAUGCCAAGCACAGGAACACUGGAAAGUAUGAAGACUUUUUUUACCUUUUCACACUGACAUUUGGAGGACCUUUCUUUAAAGUAUUAUCUAGUAUGCAAUGUUAGCAUUACAAAAACAAUACGUUUUACCUGGAUUUUUAAUUUCCAGGCUCAAAUCAAAUAUUUCAAAUGCAAUGAAAAGAAGUAGAUGACAAGGAUUAAUUUCUAAAACAUUGCAAAACAAUAAUGCAACUGCCAAUGCCUUUUGCUGAAGUGUUGACAACCAGACUUUAUAAGGACAACAUGAAAUUGCUGCUAAAUAUUUUCACACCUGUUUCUCACAGUUCAAGGUGAAAUGUGAUGUACAUUGUACUGAAAACAGUAUUUCGUUGUAGUGUGAUGGUGGUAUGCAAGCUUUUUAUUUAUUAUUUAAUGUUUUUGUCUGGUUUUAGUGAAACUGGAAUUUUGCUUGGUUAUUUAAGCACUUGUUUUUACUGAAAUGAACUUGUUACAUUUGUUUUAUAUUUAUGUGCUUCUUUUAGCUCUUUUCAAGUUGAGAUGACAGAACUGCUUGUACUGGUGUGGAUUUACUUUAGACUGGGCUUGUGAAGGGUUGGGAUGAACAAAUACUCUAUUAAACUGCUAUAUUUAUAAUUA